ACAGUUUGUAUUGCCGAAUUAUUAAAUACACAAAUUUCAAAUCAAUUCUGAAAAGCUUUGUAAAUAAUUUGAAGAAAACACACGUACACUUGCUACUCAAAAGCGUUGGCAGCACCGUGGCUUACACCUAAUGCAACGCUGCGUAUAUUGUUUCAGUUCCACCAUAGCCGAUUAUUAAUUGUGCGCUGCUCACAUCUUUGACUGCCGUCUUUAUCCAGCCCUCGUAAGGGAAACGUGCUCGUGGUUCGCUCUGACGAAAUUUUCGACUCAAUAGCGGUGCAUUUUGCAGCUGUUUUAUUUGAUAAUUAGUGCAAGUGUGAAAUUAAUAAAGUAAAAUACUAAUAUGUUGCGCGUACCCAAUCUUCUCCCGCGCCUUGCUCGCCAGGUCAGCCUUGGAGCACCAACGAAUAUUUCGGUAGUUUCUAGCAUAUUCCGCAAUCUACCGGGUGUCUUCAAUGGAUCGUCGGGUCAAAUGCGUUACAAAUCUGGAGAAGUUAAAGGUGCUGUUAUUGGUAUCGAUUUGGGCACCACCAACUCUUGCCUGGCCGUGAUGGAGGGCAAGCAAGCGAAGGUGAUUGAGAAUGCAGAGGGCGCACGCACAACACCCUCACAUGUUGCAUUCACCAAGGAUGGUGAGCGUUUGGUUGGAAUGCCAGCCAAGCGUCAGGCGGUCACAAAUUCAGCAAACACUUUUUAUGCCACAAAGCGUCUGAUUGGACGCCGCUUUGACGAUCCUGAGGUGAAGAAGGAUAUUACGAAUCUUUCGUACAAAGUCGUUAAGGCUUCCAAUGGUGAUGCCUGGGUAUCGGCGACUGAUGGCAAAGUGUACUCUCCCUCGCAAAUUGGUGCCUUUAUCCUUAUCAAGAUGAAGGAGACAGCCGAAGCGUAUCUCAACACUCCAGUUAAGAACGCCGUUGUCACUGUGCCCGCUUACUUCAACGACUCACAGCGUCAGGCUACAAAGGAUGCUGGCCAAAUUGCUGGUCUGAAUGUGCUGCGUGUUAUUAAUGAACCUACAGCUGCAGCGCUGGCUUACGGCAUGGAUAAAACCGAGGAUAAAAUUAUUGCUGUAUACGAUUUGGGCGGCGGAACUUUUGAUAUUUCCAUUUUGGAAAUCCAGAAGGGCGUCUUUGAAGUUAAAUCCACCAACGGUGACACUCUGCUGGGCGGAGAAGAUUUCGACAAUGCCAUUGUGAAUUUCUUGGUGGCCGAGUUCAAAAAGGACAGCGGUAUUGACAUCCGCAAGGACAAUAUUGCCAUGCAGCGUCUGAAGGAAGCUGCAGAGAAAGCAAAGUGCGAACUGUCGUCCUCGCAGCAAACAGACAUCAAUUUGCCAUAUCUGACCAUGGAUGCCGCUGGACCACAGCACAUGAAUCUGAAAAUGACUCGUUCCAAGCUGGAAAGUCUGGUCGGAGAUCUUAUCAAGCGCACCAUUCAGCCCUGCCAAAAGGCGUUGUCCGAUGCAGAGGUAUCUAAGUCUGAAAUUGGCGAAGUUUUGCUCGUUGGCGGUAUGACGCGUAUGCCCAAGGUACAGUCUACAGUACAGGAACUGUUUGGACGCCAGCCCUCGCGUUCGGUUAAUCCUGAUGAGGCUGUUGCCGUGGGUGCCGCUGUUCAGGGUGGUGUUUUGGCUGGCGAUGUCACUGAUGUGCUCUUGCUCGAUGUCACCCCUCUGUCGCUGGGUAUUGAGACGUUGGGAGGUGUAUUCACGCGCCUUAUCUCACGCAAUACAACUAUUCCCACCAAGAAGUCGCAGGUGUUCUCAACGGCCAGCGAUGGUCAGACGCAGGUGGAGAUUAAGGUGCACCAGGGCGAGCGUGAGAUGGCCAACGACAACAAAUUGUUGGGAUCCUUCACACUGGUCGGCAUUCCACCAGCACCCCGUGGCGUCCCUCAAAUUGAAGUGGUCUUCGAUAUUGACGCCAACGGAAUUGUCCAUGUGUCUGCUAAGGACAAGGGUACCGGCAAGGAGCAACAGAUAGUCAUCCAGUCCAGCGGAGGUCUCAGCAAGGACGAAAUCGAGAACAUGAUAAAGAAGGCGGAGGAAUACGCAUCUGCUGAUAAGAAGAAACGUGAACUGAUUGAAAUCGUUAACCAAGGCGAGAGUAUUGUGCACGACACAGAGACUAAAAUGGAAGAAUUUAAGAGCCAGCUGCCCGCUGACGAGUGCGAAAAACUGAAAAAGGAAAUUGCUGAUCUGCGCACCCUGCUGGCCAACAAGGAGACGGCUGAUCCAGAGGAGGUUAGAAAAUCUACCACGCAGCUGCAACAGUCUUCGUUGAAGCUUUUCGAGAUGGCAUACAAAAAGAUGUCCGCUGAACGUGAGAGCAGCUCCGGCGGCGGCACCACCGCCAGUAGUUCGGGCGAAGCUUCCGGCGAGACCAAGAAGGAGGAAAAGAAUUAAAUUAGGCAACCAUAGUCGUAGUUGUUGUUCCCUUAUUUCAUAAUAAUCACAUUUGGAUUUGGAUUAAGUUGUAUGUUAAACAAAACAAAGCCCAUCAUAUUCCUGAUUCUUCUAAAUCACAUAAAGUGAUCCUUAUCAUUCAUAAGCAAAAAGCAUUUACCCAAAUUGUGUAGUAAUAUGCGCGGACAUAAACAACCUACGAAAUGCAAAAACCAACGACAUACGAUCAUAUCUCAGUCAAAAUCAGUUGCAUUAAGUUUUUAUUGUUUAUAAUGCACGAAAUGUCUGGAUCAAAAUCUAAUGUAAAUCUGAGCUGUAGAGUUGUUGUGCUUACUGUAAGAUUUUCCUUACUUUUACUUUACGUUUAUAUUAAACUAGUUGUAGUUGUAUAAUAACGAGCACAGCAGCACAAGCCCAAAUUCUACAGAGCCCACAUGAGAUAACACUCAUUGGAAGAUCGAAAGUUAUAAUUUAAGCAAAAUUAUUCUUUGGUUUCCAGUGGAUAACCAAACAAAAAGAGUUUACUGGGUAAAAUGCAAUUACAUAGUCUCUUUACAUUUGUAAACUUUAAAUAUACGUGAACAAAAAUAUAUUAUUUACAAACUGAA